AUGGAAGUUUUGCCGGACGAUGAAGAGUCGGGGCUGGAAACGAAGCCGUUGAAUGGAAUUCAGGAGGUGAUAUUUUUGGAGAAAAGUUGUGAUUUUUCAAUGUUUUUUUCAAAAGAAAUUCGAAAAAAAUUCGUGUUUCUAGGAAGUUUCGAAAAAUAGUUCAAUCGCUUUCUAUUGGACUUUUUCUUGGUUUUUUUCUUGAUUUUAAUUUUUUCUUUGUUUUUUUCGGGCCUUUUUUUCUACAGGAAAAUUACAAAAAAUAAAAAAAUUUCUAUCAUUUUUUUACGAGGCUUGAAUCAAAUAAUUUUUAAUUUUUCAUCAGAGAACUUUCACAGAAGCUUAUGUAUUUAUUGAAGAUUUUUUUAAACUUUAGGGAAUCCAUUCUUUUUUUCAAUACAAAGUCUCUGGGAAAAAUUAAGAAUGUUUGCAAAAAAAUUGUCUUCAAUUUAAGCAGUUUAUAUAAUUUUCAAAUUUUUAAAUUAGAAGGUCGGAUGGUUUUUAAGAUUUUUGAAAGAAUAGAUUAUUUUUUUAAAAAAAUAUCAAAUUUUUUCAAAAAAAAUGCAUUUGGUAGAUCGGAUGAUUUUUUUAAAACAAAUCCAGUGUCCACAAAAACAACCUAGGAUUGAAUUUCAUCAUAAAAAAACAAAAAGACACAAAUAUCUUCAAAACCCUGCCAAAAAUGACUUUUCCAGAUCCGAUCCCGUUUGCCUCCAUUAUGGGAGCUGAAAUUGGACCAGUUGGCCGAAUUCAUGGCCAAUCGUGUCUUGUAUAAUGAUGGUUUUAACAGAAAAGUUACAGAAAAAAAAUGUAUUAAUUUUUUUAAGGUGAGAUCAUUGCGUUUGACAAACCGUUUGGAAUGGCUUAUUCUGGCUCCAAGGAAAAUCGGCCGCAGUUUGAUCGCAUUUUACAGGCUGUCAAGGUGGGUAUGAGAAAGUUGAACAUAUUAAUCAUUUUUUUGAGAAGAAUUUUUGGAAAAACGUUGAAACGAAAUCAAUAUUAAAGAAUUAAAAAAAUGUUUAUUUAUGAGGAAGACGAAAGAACUUCAAAAUUUUUGGAUGAAAUUUCAAGUUCUCACGCUUCUUUUAGGAAUUUAUUGAAGGAAUUUCAAAGCCCUCGUUUUUUGAAACAUUCAAAUUACUCCCCUUAAUCGUUAGAAAGCAAUAGAGGGAAAAAUAUCGUGACUUUUUUGAGGAUCUCCAAAGUCAAUCUGGUUUUUUGUAUGUAUGACUUUUCAGAAUUCUCACCAGGGAAUGUUCUCAGCUCACAGUGGGGUUUCUGAAUGAGACUAGGCUCACAGAGACAUCUAAUUUUUCGACUUUGAGAGUCCCUAACUUUUUUCACAGGUCUCAAGGGCUACUUUUGAGCACAGAUUCGGAAUAAGCGUAGAAAAAUAAAUCUACAGUUUGUUCAGAUUUUAAAUGUCAAGUACAAUGACGUCAUUCGAAAGCGCUCUGUGAAUGGCUCGCUCUCUGAUUGGCUUUUCGGGCCAUUAGGGGCGGAGCUUGAGCGACGUCUUGACAUUCGAAAUCUGAACGGACUAUAGUGAGCCUAGUCUCAUUCAGAAACCCCACUGUGAGCUGAGAAAAUUCCCUGUCAGAUUUGAAAUAUGAAAUCACAUUUUUGAAGGCGAAAGUCGCUCCGAAAUGCGAACGAUUGUACGUCGUGAGGGCGCCGCCGAAGGACGAAUCCGGCGUCAUGGUCUUUGCCAAGUUUAAUUUUGAAAGAAACAGUCAUCUUGGGAAAAAAUGACUCAAUUUGGAAUAAUUGCAGCACUUAUUUUUGGAAUAUUUCUUUGGAAAAAAAUUCAUCAUUUUUUUAUAUCACGAUCUAAAUGUACCUUCGGGAAAAAAUAAUCAAAUGUACUUUUUUUCUUUUUCUCAAGCCUCAAGCUAGGCCAGGUUAAUUUACGGAACAAUUAGAAGUCUUCCUAAAGCUUUAAAUUAAUUUGAAUAGGCCAUCAUAUUUUUUUCAUUUUUUAGAAGCGCCUCCGUGCAAUCCGUUCUGCAGGGGCAAAUCAAAGAUGGUCUCUCCCAGCAAGUUUAUAGGUUUGCUCACGAAAUUAAGGAGAACUGUUCAGUUUUUGAAUGUAACUCCGCCCCCCGUAGCUACAGUACCUUUUCGCGUCGAUUAGUUAUAGCCGAUUAACGGCUUGGGACUCAAAGAGGCGUGGCCUGUCUGCGCUCUCCACUAACUGGACACGCCCUCUUUUUCAAAAAUCGUGUCAGGACCUUUUUAUCGAUGGCUCAAGCCAGCCAUGAGUCACGCUCUUUUUUUUCGAUCUUUUUUGGUCUAACGGCUUGGAAAAAAGUCGAAAGAUGAAGCGCUAUUGAAGGAUCAUCUUCACGCGCGAUCAAAAGAUGAUCGUGUCAGGACCCAUUUUUUCGGUGGAUCAAGCCAGCCACAAGUCAGCUAUAUCACGCACUUUUUUUGCCGAUCUUUUUCGGUCUAACUGCUUGGAAAAAGUCGAAAAAAUGAAGCGAUAUUAAAGGAUCAUUGUCACGCGCGAUUAAGUUAUACUGUAGCCACGGGGUCUUUCAAUUCAAAAUCUGAAAGAACUAUCCUGAAAAGGCUGUUUCAGAACGAUUGUCCGUGGAGUUUUACCCAAAGACGAUUUGACUAUCGAUAUCCCAUUGAUCAAACGUGUCGAGGGCGGGGAUAUGAAGGUGAUUUUUUGAUCAUUUUACGAGGAAUUUUGUGACUUCUUUUCUCAGCAACGUAUAAUUUUUCGCUAUUAAAAACCUUAUUUUAAGGUAUGAAUAAUUUUAACAUAAUUGGAAAGUUUUGAUGAUUUUUUCAAGUUUUCUUGUUGAAUUUGAGGUUGAAAGUCCUUCCCUAUAGGUGCAGGUAAAGAGAACCCUAGAGGGGACCCUAAGGUUGCCCCUAUAAGAACCAUUCUAGAGAUUUUUACGAAGGAAAGCGAAAGUAAUGUUUUUUUAAAUUUUGAUUAAAAAAAUAUAAAUUCGAAACAGGAAUAUGUUCUUGAAAAAAAGAUGAAAAAAAUUUCACAAAAAGUAUAUUUUUCCAGAUGAUCCAACUGAAAUCCAACAAUCAGCGAGGCGAAAUUCUAUACGUGAAAACGAAUUGCAAGACAAUAACCCGGGAUAAAUAUAUAUCUCAAUUGGAGGCCGUCACGACGGCUGGUUGGUGAUCCAAUUAUCUCGAAAAAUUCAAUAAAAUUAUUUUUCCAACUUUUUUUCUUGGAUUUUUAACAAAAAAAGGAAUUUAUGCUCAAUUUUAAAGAAUUCAAGAAACAGUUGUCUUAUGUAGUUUAGUUAGAAAAAUUAUGUAAAUAAAUACUUAUUUUGAAGCGAAGGUUCUUGGCAAGAUUUGAGGAAAUAGUGGGCAAAAAGAGAGUUUCAGUGAUUCAAAAAAAUAUCUGAAAAUUUAAGGUUUCUGUUUAGUUUGAAGGAAAAUUCAAAUCCUAUGGUUUUUUCAAAAGAAAAGUUCGAAUUUUAUGAUUUUUUUGAAAUAAAAAUUUUUUUAUUUCUCGCUCACAGACAGAUUCUAUGGCGGGUAAUGGUUGAAAAAAAUGUAUGCUUUAUUUUAAAAUCGGUGUAAUAUGUACAAUUAUUUUUUUAACCAGAAAUGAACCCAAAAAAAAACGAAUCAAUUCUUCAAAUUUUCAGAAGAAAAAAUGGUAAAAUAUCUCUUUUUGUCAGAAAAAAAAUGUCUUCAAAAUAUCCACUUUUCUAGAAGUGAGCCAUCAAGUCCGGGCCCAUCUUGGCUACUCGAAAUGUCCGCUGAUCGGCGAGCCCAAGUACAUUUCGACAAGUCCCAGGCCUCCCAAGUCGGAAUCUUAUUUGAACUUUCCAAGAAACAUCGAUUUAAUUGUAGGCUGCCCAAUUACACGCUCGGUCUUCUGAAUAUCAGCGAAAAUCAUACGAGAAAGCUGCCCAUGUUCCUCCACUGCAAGCAGGUUGGUUGAAGUUUGUAAAAACUUUUGAGAAGCUUCAGAGGUUUUUUCUAAAAAGAUUAAUCUAGUUUGGAAACAAAGAGUAGAAGAAUCUAUCCGGUUUUUAGAAAAAAAAAUCGGCUUUUCUGAAAAUCUACAGAUAAGCGCUGUGUAGAAGUUAUUAUUGAACCUUCUUUUUUCAAUAAGCUGGAAAAAUUUUAGUGGCCACUAUAGAGGCUCGCCAAGGACUACUUUGAGAACACACUAAAGUGGCCACUAAACCCACCUCUAUAGUGUCCACUAAUUUCCGUGUUAGUUGCCACUUCAGUAGUUUUUCAUGCAGUAUUCCUUCCAGUAACUCUUAUAAUUUUAAAACAAACAGAUUGGAUCAGUUAUGAUGGUCCAUUGACCCCUAAAGUGGCCGCUAACAUGUUUAGUGGUCCAGCAGUAGCACUUAGACCUCUAUAAUGGUCACUAAUUUUCAACCCCUUAAGUGGCCGCUAAUUUAACACCUGUAAUGGCUACUAAAACUUCAAAAACCCUAUAGUGGCCACUAAAAAUUUUUUUCACAGAGUCGUCCUGUAGUUUUUAAUGCGAUUUAAUAAAGAUUUAUCUCCAAAAAAACUGUAGGAAAUUGGAAUUUUCUACUAUUAACAGUGAGUUAAAAGCUCGUAAAGCAAAACAUUCUGGAAUUUCGAAGAGAACAAGUGACAUUUGACAAGUUCUUCGAGUUGUACUACGCUUGGAAAAAUGAAAAAGUCUAGAAAAUGAUCACCAUAAAGUCUGAAAUUUCAGGUAACCUACCAACCUCUACGAGCAAAUGCGGAACCGAUCAGAAUCGGAGUUCCUGUACCGGAUCAUUUCAAUUUCGUCCUGAAACGGUUGAGAAUCCUCAAAAAGGCUGCUAGAUUUUUGAUAUUUUUUUAUAGAAAUUAUUAUAUUAAUAUAGGUUUUUAGGUUGUUAUAGUACAGCUUCUUGUUGAUUAGUCAAAUUUUUUUCUGAUUUUUAUAAUUUUCUAAACUUGAAGAUUGUUUUUUACCCUGUUAUAGCCCAUUCUGCGCCACGUUUUUCUGCUGCAAAAAAGAUCGUACACCAAAUUUCGCUUCAAGACCUUUGUUUUUUACACUUUCUAGAGCAAAUGUGCAAAAAAAGUGGUGAUUACGGUAGCUUUUUGUCUCCUGUGCUUCAAAAACGUGACCUUCUAGCGCGGAAAACACUAUAUUUGUUGAUUUCAUUGUUAAUAAACUUUUUAUUUUGUUUUUUUGGAUCAGUUUUGCUUUAUCCGUUGUAGUUCCAACCGGAUUGGAUAUUUUUUCGCCCUUUUUUCGAUUUUUCCCAGAAUUGAUCUUCGAAAUUGAAGAAAAUAUGGAAUUGUGCAUUUCGGACGAUGGUGAGGAGCCGUUACCAAGUUCAUCGGAGCUUUCGAAAGAUUUGGGGCAAGGUUAGUGGAAAUUAUAUAUUUUUAUGGAACAUUUAUCAAUAAGUUUUGCGAUAUCUGAUUCUAAAAAGGUAAGAAAUCACUGCCAAAGAAUCGAAUAGAAAUUCAAAAUUUUUGCCUUUAUAAUAAAAUAAUACUGACUAACAAAAAAAAAAUCAAAGAGAAAUUGAAGAAAAUUUCGAAUUUGUCACAUUUUUUUCAUUUUUUCAAUGAUUUCGAACCUUUAAAAAAAUUUUUACACCCGAUUUAGCUAAAUUUUGUACUUGUUUCAGGAAUUUUUGUCAAUGAGGUACUAGUUUUUGUAAUUUCAAGCAUUGGAAAAGUUGGAAUAAACCUUUUUUGAGCUUUUUUUUUGUUUUGAGAAGCGUUGAAAAUAGAGCGGUUUUUUUGAACGUUAAGUUGAAUUCCCUUGACAUUUUUAUCAAAAAGACGAAGAUUUCGAUGUUUUUAAUGUUAUUCUACAUUUUUUUGAACGAAUUCUUUAUUUAUUUGGUUAUUUAUUGACUUUUUUUCAAGUUCUCUUGUACCUAUUCCAAUGAUCAAAUUUACUUCCUUCUUCAUGAAAAACCUUUCAAGAUUUAUUUUUCCCAGGAGAUGCCACUCCAAAUCUUGGGAGGAUUGCAAAAGUGAUACGUUGGACGUCGAAAUCUUCAUCGGAAUCAAGGGAUUUUUUGCAAGUCGCCUCAGCCGCCAAUGAAGAUCCGGAACUUAGGGCCAAAUUUAUGGAAAAAGUUCGCGCCUUUUAUGGCGUCGACAAGGCUCAGGUAAUCCAUAACUUUUUUCACCUUCCCGAAUUUUUUUGAAUCUCAGAGCAAAUUUAAAAAUAAACUCGUUUUUUGACGAAUCUUUGAUCGAAGUUUUGAAUUUUUUUCUCAAUCUCACUAUUUUUUGUAGGGCUCCAUUCAUUUAUCCUUUUCAAAUUUUAGUUUUUUAAAAAAGUUCUUUGCAGAAAAUCGUCCUCAAAUUUUCCCUCAAGAAGCUCCCCGUUGAGGGUUUGGAUUUGAAAUGGUAUUUUUUCAGAUUUUCUCCGAAAGUUUUCGGUUUAACUUUAGGGAGCGUCGAAUGCAAUAUCUCUACCGCCGCUUUUUGGAAUUGGAAAAACUGCUCUGGAAUUUGUCGACCCUCGGUGGCGCUUAUUCGGCCAUGGGCGAUUACGAUUUGAAAUUUGUGGGUUCAUUUAUUUUUUUUCAAACUUAAUCGUUCAAAAAAGUUCUCCAGCUGCUUUAGAAGUUGGGGAGAACAUUUUGGGCUUCAAAAAAAAGUUUUCAAUAUAAACAUUUUUAAUUUUGAGAGUAUCUUAAUUUAAAGCUGUAUGCAUGGAAGUUGAAAAUCCGUGAAAUUUUUAGAGAUUUUCGACUUUUGAUUGAACCUUAAAAUGAUUUUUCUAAAGAUAGUGAAGUUCUGAUGCCUACUUCAUAUACGCUUCAGUUUCAUUUUAAAUCACGAAGCUCAUUUCGCGCUCGUUUAUUUAUUUCCUCGUUGAAUAAAAAGUUCUGUAAUCACUAAGAAUAACUGACGAGAUAAACGCGAGGUCGGUACAUUGAUGAACUCGCAAAAAUGUCGCUUUUUUCUAGGCACCAUCUCGCAUUUUUCUGGGCGCGAGCUCGCAUUUAUCUUGCAUUUCAGAAAUUUUCAAAUUGCGAGAGAAAUGCGAGCUCGCACCUAGAAAAGUGCGAGCUGGCGCUCAGAAAAAUGCGAGACCGGCGCGAGAAAAAAUGCGAGAUGUUUGCGAGCUCGUCAAUGUACCGCCAGUGUCUCGCGUUUAUCUCGGCAGUUAUUCUUAGUGUUAGUGAGCUCGGAAAAAAAGUUUUUUUGUCGACUUUUUUUAAAUUAUGAAAGUAUCUUAAUUUAAAGCUGUAUGCAUGGAAGUUGAAAAUCCGUGAAAUUUUUAGAGAUUUUCGACUUUUGAUUGAACCUUGAAAUGAUUUUUCUAAAGAUGGUGAAGUUCUGAUGCACGGCGUUCUUGGCAGUGAAAGAAAAUGCAGAAAAAAAUAUCAAGGGCGGGCGUCGUAAGUCGUACGGCAGCAGUAGUUUUUUCUGUGCAGGACCCGUUUUCUUAUGAACAGACUCACUAACCAUAGAUUUACUGGGAAUCAGAAAAAAAUGCGUUUUUCAACUAACUUUUUUUAAAUUAUUUAUAAAAUUUUUUUAGCGUUUUUUUGUAGGGUUAUUGUCAUUACCCAGGUACUUUCACGUAGUUUAGAGCCGGUUUCGUGUAUUCUGGAGUCAAAUUGAAAUGGACAUGGCAGUUGAAAGUUUUUAUUUUUAUAAUUAACUCAAAUUACAUGAUUGUUCCUAGUUUUUUUGAUGGUUUUUUUCGAACUAUAUUAAACAUUUCGGUCUCCAAGGUUUUUAAAUUUUUUUGGUUUCUAUCCAUUAUUCGACUUUCUGAAGCGGAAUUUCCAAGGUUCAAAAAUUAUUCUUUUUUUAGGGGGCUCUUCUCAAAUUUUUUUGUUUAUUCUUGUUUCAUAUUUUAUUGAUUUUUCGGACGCGAGGCAACCUACCAGAACAAUAUUUUCUGUUUUUCUUUCGUUAUCCGCAAUUUAGAGUUUUUACCUUUUAUGAUCGCUGCUAUACAUUUUAUAUGAUGUUCAAAUUUUUUUCAACUUCAUAUUCUUCAAAUAGAGAAGAUUUCAUAAUGUUCGGAAGCCAUUAGCUUAAUAUUCCAAACUUUGAGAUUGUAAAAAACAUUUUUGGAGUAUGCGAUAAUGCGUCCCGGUGCGUUUACACCAUAACUACCAUAAUUCACGGAACGUUUCGACUGACGUACCGAAAAAACGCCGUCGAUGCCUACUUCAUAUACGCUUCAGUUUCAUUUUAAAUCAUAAAGCUCAUUUCGCGCUCGUUUAUUUAUUUCCUCGUUGAAUAAAAAAACUAAAAUCGUGAAAAGCUAGCGCGGAAAAGGCUAUAGCUAUAGUUGAUUCACGGCUGGCUUGAGCCAUGCAAAAAAGGUCCUGACACGAUAAGAAAAAGAAGACACUGUCUGGCUGAUGGAGAGCGCAGACAGGCCACGUCCCUUAGUGUCCUGUGCUGGCCGCGAAUAAGCUAUAUAUAAAAUAUAAACAUAAACACAAAAAAAGUUAUUUCAAAAAAAUUUCAGGCGGAAACGGCAGCGGAGAUCAGCCGCAAGCAGUUGAAAAUCGCCCACGAAAUCGGCGAUCCGACGAUCGUCGCCCGUUGUCACCUCUAUCAGGCCUUGGCUGAUGCUCAACGCGGCGACUUUCAGAAGGCGUUGAAGAUUGUGAAGUUCGUGCGAGUUUAAACAUAAAAAAUUGAUCCAUGAAUUUUUAAUUAAUUUUUAAUUUGUUUGAAAAAAACGGAUGUAAAGCGGAACUUAGGUAAAUUGUGCGCUUAUGAAAGCUUCAAAAAAGUGGCAGAACAUCAAAAAUAAUUUGUUCGGUUAGGUUGAACGCUUCUCCACCGUUUUUUCGCGAAAAAUUUUUUUGCGCCUUCAUUACAUCUCCUUCGAAGCAAAAUAAGUAACAAGUAUAAAAAGAAAAUGGCGGAAACUAUCUUGAUUUGUUGUUAGCGCAAAAAAAGACAGGAAAACGUUUUUUUUUUUUUAAUUUUUAUUAAGACAAGACGGAGAAAUUGAAAAAUGAUAGACUGUCGUAGCGUCCGACGUUCAUGACGUGAACACCUGCUGCACACAAACACAUUUAAUUUGACGCGCAAACUGCUUCAUUGACCACGUCUUUUUAAUAUUAUUUUUUUCUUUUUUAGUUCUAAUUUUUGACAUUUCUUCUAAUUUUUGACAUUUUCAGGGCGAUGUACUCCUGGGCGGUCAAAGUGGACCACAACGAGCUUGUAGAAGCGUGUGCUCGUGGCGUUGCCCGAAAGAUUGUCGCUAUUCAAAAGUUAGGAACGGUCGCUCUGCCCGCCGCGGUUAGAAAUUAAUUUUUCCUUCUCUUGCUUUAUAUGGCUUGAAUCACUUAUCGAUCGAGCUUAUAAUUAAUUUUUUUAGCGUUUCUCCGAUUUAUCGAGCUUUUGUUAUUUUUAAAUAGAAUUUUAAAGCGUGAGCUCCGCUUGCAAAAUUUUCACUCAAUUGUUGAGUUUGUCCUGCCGGUUCUUCCUGACUUUCAAUUCUAUUCGCGACGAUCCGUUUUUGUAUUGUUCAAAGUGUAUAAAGUAUGGCUGCCUUUUUUUUCAAAAAAACGGAAGAAUAUUAUACGAACUAUAUAAGUUGGUCACGUGAUUUUUUCAAUUAUUCGAACUAAUGGACGUUCUUUGGGUUGUAGUUGCAUCAGUUGAAAACACAUAUUCAGUUCAGAAGAUGGCGAUGUGA